GGUGCCCACCCCAGGAUGGGCACAGGGGGUGGCGGCUUCAGAGUCUGGGAUCUUGGGGGCAUCACUGGGCACUGCAGGGGCAGCCUGGCAGGCUGCAGUGACACUGUGCUCUUUGCAGGGACCUUGGUAAAGGCAGCAGCCCUGCCCGACCUGCCUCGCAUAGUGACACUCAGUGAGGAUGCUGCGCCGGGUGCCCGUGUGGCCGAGGUGUCUGUGUCCUGCAGCAAUGCCAGCAGCAGCCCCCACGUCACACUGCAGCACGUCGAGUCCAGUGCCUCCAGCGUCACCCCACGCAACAUUGAUCCCAACCACCCCUUCAACCCCAUUGCAAUCAGUGCCGAUGGCGUGCCCGCUUCCACAUAUAGGGCAGAGGUGACACUGCGAGCUGGCGCAGAGCUUGAUGCCCACAGGGUGAACUGGUACAUGCUGUUGCUGCGCGCUGCCUGUCCCGGGGAGCAGGAGGUGACAGGGAAGCUGUACGUGAGGGUGACAUCAGGACAGGCGCUGCGCUGUGCCUUCCCGUUUGCUAGUGCUGGUGGGGACGUGGUGCAGGUGUGGGCAGACGUGGCACCCCGUGAGCUCCUGUAUGCGGUGCAGGCACAGCCACCGGGUGGGCUGACGUUCCAGCUCACAAAUAGUGGCACUCCACUCACACUGACCCGUCAGGGCCUGGUGCUGGCACCCGAUGGUGGCUUCAGCCCCAGCAAGGACACCCAGACAUUCAGGCUGGAGAUAGAGGUGAUGGACCGGCAUGGCCAGAACUGCAGUGGGGCAGUGACAGUGGAAGUGCUGCCAUUGCGCCGUCCCCCCCGUGUCACCAUCCUUGCUCCGCAGCACGACGUGGUGGUGCCGCAGGGCAUCGGCCCCUUGGAAGUCAUCACACAGGUCCGUGCCAGUGGGGACAAUGUCCAUUAUGCCAUCCUCGCUCCCACAUCGCCAGCACUCUUCACCAUCGAUGAAGUGACGGGUGAGAUCCGCAGCACACGUCGGCUGGAUGUGGCCAGCGCACGCCUCCAUGUCCAGGCAUACAACGCACUGCAGCCCUCUGACCAGGACACUGCUGUGCUCAAUGUCACGGUGCAGGGGACAGACCGGAGGGCACCAUCCUGUGUGCCGGCCCUCUAUGUGUCCCAGGUGCGUGAGACAGUGUCCCUUGGCAGCACGCUGGUGACACUGAGAUGCACCGAUCCUGCUGGCGAUGAGGGGUCCCUGCGUUACACGCUGGAGGGACCAGCAGGCUCUCAUUCCUACUUCCACAUGGAGGGGCCACAGCUGAAGGUCAACACCACCCUGGACUAUGACACCGAGGCAAUGGCUGCUGUGGGCUUCCAGCUGACAGCUACCAUCGUGGUGACAGCGGGGGGACAGCCCCUGAGGAGCACCCACGUACCUGUGCUUGUGACGGUGAUGCCUGUCAACGAAUUCACUCCGGAGUGCCCCAAUGGCACCAUCUUCACCAUCUCAGAGACAGCAGCUUUUGGCAGCAUCGUGGGGCGUGUGGUUGGCACUGACCGUGACCGCCCACCAAACAGCCUCGAGUACAGCCUGGAAGGGGGCACUGGCCCCGCACAGCCCUUCUCCAUCGACGCACACACCGGUGAGAUCCGCGUGGUGGGGCCGCUCGGCGCCCCUCGACGUGCUGGAUACCGGCUGACGGUGCGGCUGACGGACACCCACAACGACCUGGACCCGGGGAACCGGCGGAGCCGCCUGUGUGAUGUGACCGUGCGCCUGCAGGCUGUGCCCGAAUGGCCGCCACUGUGCAGCCCGGAGGUGCAGGAGCUGCGGAUCACAGCCGGGACAGGCAGCCGGCAGCCCGUCACCCGCCUGCUGUGCCGUGCGGACCCCGAGGGCAGCACGCUGUCCUAUGCCAUUGUCGGAGGCAACGAGGAUGGGCGCUUUCGGCAGGAGGGCAGCGUGCUGUCCUACAUCCCCAGCGGCCUGGCCGAGCCCCGCACCUUCGUGCUGCUGGUGGAGGUGUGGGGCAGCGCCGGUCCCCCCCGCCGCAGCACCGUGCUGGCUCUGGUCGUGCACGUCACCCCCCGCAGCACCCCAGCACCAACCAGCACCACCGCCCCGAGCACGACGCUGCGGAAGGAGCCGCUGGUGCUCAGGAGGACGGAGCUGGUCUGGAUCCCACCGCCUUGGUUUGUGGCUGCGCUGACCGUAACCGGAGCCCUGUUCAUGGGCAGCCUGUGCUGGGUGGCACGCAGUGUGAUGCGCAGAUGCCGAAAGCCCCACGAGGCGCUACUGAGUGAGAGCUCCCGGGAUGCAGCAGCACGGAGCAGCCCGGCCGAUGGGGCUCGGAGCCGCCCGGCCGGUUCAUCCCGGUUCCCGGUACCGCCGCCCUUCGACGGCCGCGCGCAGGACCCACGGACCGGCAGGGGAUACGUGUUCAACAGCGUCACCGGGGAGCGGCGAUGGAUCUGAGCGGGACCGAGCGGGACCGGGAACCGGAGCGGGGAGCAGCCAUUAAACCGUGCAUUGAACUGUGA